AUGCUUAGGAGUACUCCAUUGGUGGUGAUUCGUCGACUGUGUUCCAAUUCCGGGAAAGAUAAUCUCAAAAAAAUCGUGGUCUGCCGCAACGGCAGCGUCGCUGCUUGGCAUCCAGAAACUUCAUUUCCGUACGAGCAUUCGAGGCCUUUUGUGUUAGAAGAAGCCAACAAGGACGACUCACCUCUGUCAAGUGCAGUGAAUCGCGCAAGUAGGUGGAAGGACGGUCCUGUAAACGCUCAGCUCAAGGACAUUUUCUACACAACGAAGCACGAGUGGUACCCCAGGCCGAGGGAAGAACGUUUGCGAAGUGUCUCGGCUCCAAUACCACGGCGAAAAAAUUACAUAUUGGCGGUGGAGCACUCACCUGUUUACACUGUAGGUAUCCGAUCAAAACUUUAUUCACAAGAAGAAGAGACCCGCUUGAAAGCACUCGGUGCGGAUUUCUUCAGAACGUCAAGAGGAGGUCUCAUAACAUUUCAUGGCCCUGGUCAACUAGUCAUGUAUCCCAUAUUCGACUUGAAACGCAUUGCUCCACGGCCUAUUGGUGUUCGGCGAUAUGUAGAGUUGCUGGAGCAGGUAAUCAUAAACUGUGCAACCGAAGACUUCCAUAUCUCAAAUGUGGGCCGGACACAACACACAGGAGUAUGGGUUGGCGAAAACCGGAAACUCGCUGCUCUUGGGAUAGCUGUCUCGCAUGGUGUAUCAUAUCAUGGUCUUGCAUUGAACUGUAACACUGAUUUGAGUUGGUAUGAUCACGUUGUUGGGUGUGGCAUUGAAGGAGCCGAAGCAACGUCGUUGAGCCGAGAAUGCCAUCGUGACGUUUUCCAUUGA